AUGGAGAAGCUACAACAUGCAGCCGGAAGCGAGCUGCCGAUGGCUCGGCCCGCUUUAGGAUUUCCAUCCCGAAAGCGUCGAAUUGCUGUUACCUUGAGCAGCGCUGUUCUGGCGGCACUCUGGCUUGCUUCUUUUCUUGGUGGCGCAAUCAUAUUUCCUUCCCCCCGGCGGAUAGAACACUCAGCUUUCGAUAAAGCCCAGCGAUGCGCCAUCGACAAUCUUCACAACGACCUGUCAUUUCUGGACCAGGCCAAGCCUAUACAGGCCGAGGAAUUCGUCAGCCGACGCGAUCGUCUUGCCCAGGCUUUAGCAGUGUCUGAAGUCGACGCCUUUGUCCUUGAACCGGGCUACACGUUCCAAUACUAUGGAAACAUCUCGCAGACAGACUGGGAGCCUUGGGAGCCUGAAGAGAGACCUUUUCUUAUGCUUGUCUUGCCUGAGACUUCCUUGGAUGGCACUAUCAAAGCCAAGACAGCGUUCCUGUCGCCACAUUUUGAAGAGGGCCGCGUGCGGAUGCUUGGCAUACCCAGCCGGGAUGCUGAGCUGGAUAUCGUCAUUUGGGAAGAGCACUGGAACCCGUAUACAACGUUGCUGAAGUCCCGGCUUUUUGCGGAGUUGAAUCGCACUCCCAAGCUGAUGAUGGACGAGGAGAUCCGAGACUACAUUGUUCGAGGCUUAGACGCCGCAGGCUUCGAAACUGUAGGGCUGAACUCGGCUGUCGAGCUUGUCCGCCAGACAAAAAGUGCCGCCGAGGUCGAACUCCUGAGGGCUGUCAACACGGGAACUGUCGAGGCUGUCAGAGCCAUGAGGCCGUGUCUGGUGCCUGGCCUGACUGAGAAUGAAGUAACGGAUAUCCUCAACAACGCGAUGCUGUCAAUCGGGUUUCAGCUCUUCUUCAACAUUGUGCUUUUCGAAGAACACGGAGCUCUACCCCACGGUGGAUUUGUUACGGGCUGGCUCAAAUUAAAGCACGAUAGCAUGGUGGUAAUCGACGUUGGAGCCCAUUACCUGGGAUACUCAUCAGACAUUUGCAGAAGCUUCUUCAUAGAUCCGCCAAAGCAGAAGCUCUUACUACAUGGCGGCUUCCUGGCUAGUGUGAGGCGACUGCUGCGCCUCGAAAGAGAGCAAGGCGGGGAGUGGAGUCCACCGGAUCCAAAGCUCCACGCCGAGAAGCUGCGAGUGUGGGAUAUCGUUCUGGAGGCACAGACAGCCGCAGCGGGUGCUUUCAGACCCAACGCGACAGCCGCAAGCAUCGACAUUGCAGCUCGGACCGUAAUAGAAGACGCUGGUUACGGUUAUGGAUUCACACACCGGCUGGGGCAUGGGAUUGGAAUCAAGGCUCAUGAGUCACCGUACUUGAACAAAUGGAACACGGGAAUCCGCCUCCAAGCGGGCAUGACCUUCACCAAUGAGCCAGGCAUCUACCUCGAGAACCGCUUUGGCGUGCGCCACGAGGACAUAUACCUUGUCACAGAGAAUGGAGAAGCGGAGCUACUCUCCGGGAGGCGCGCCCGAGGCCCCUAUGACCCCUAA